ACCAAAACCCAUCUCUUUCAAACCAUUGAAUGGAGGCAAAACCCUAGGUCAUGCCAAACAGACCUUAAGCAGCAGCCCAAUUGAAGGACAAUCCAAACAGUGCCUUAGUUAUGAAUUCUCAAACCCAAGUUGAAAGCAGAGGCACAACUAUGGAGGAUUUGAAGAAGAGGAAGCUCGAAGAGGCCAGUAACGGUCAGAUCUCUUCUUCACCGGAAGAGUUGAAAUUACUGCUUGACCCGCUUUCCAAAUCCCAGUUGGUUGAUCUUCUCUCCAAACUAGGGUCCCAAUAUCCUUCAAUUGCAGAAGAAAUUAAAAGUGUUGCCAGUGCAGAUCCUGUCCACCGAAAGCUUUUUGUUCGUGGCUUGGCCUGGAAUACUACUUCAGAAACCUUGUGUGCUGCAUUUCGACCUCAUGGAGAAAUUGAAGAAGGUGCUGUGAUCGUUGAUAAAACAACAGGGAAAUCACGUGGAUAUGGGUUCAUUACUUACAAACAUAUGGAAUCAACUCAGAGUGCUCUGCAAGCACCUAGCAAAUUGAUUGAUGGCCGCAUGGCUGUUUGUAAUUUAGCAUGUGAGGGCUUAAGUGGGGCAAGUACUACACCUGAUCAAGCCCAAAGGAAGCUCUACAUUGGGGGCUUGGCUCCAGAUGUCACAAGUGAGGUGCUGCUCAGUUUUUUUGGGAGGCAUGGUGAGAUAGAAGAAGGUUCGGUUGCAUAUGAUAAAGAAACAAAUGAAUCACGUGGUUUUGGCUUUGUUACAUACAAAACAGUUGAGGCUGCAAAGAAGGCCAUUGAUGAUCCACAAAAGUUCCUUGGGGGGCGGAGUAUCAUCGUGAAGCUAGCUGAUUCACACAAGGGCAAGAUGAUACAAGCACAGCUAUCAACAGCAGUGGUUCCAAUAGCUUUACCUUUGGCAGCUGGAUACCCACAGCAGCCUGGAAAACCACCUGCCAGUGCCACUCCUGUUGCCUACACUUACCCUCAAGCUGGACCAACAUACCCUGCUUACCCUGGUCCUCCCGCAGGACCAGCUCCAUACUCAUCCACAGCACCUGCUCCAUAUCCAUCUCAACCUCAAAUGCCUUACUCAUCAGCCACUGUAAUGAAAGACCCACUCGGCCUACCUCCAACGCCAACUGUGGGAAUGGGAGGAUACCCUUACUACUUUGCCAAACAAUGAUAGGCGCAUGGCUCAAACAGUAGUGCUGCAAAUCUUUGUUCUCAGUGAUGGAGCCAAACUACAGUGAAACAGAAACGGAACAUGACCGAGUUGAGAAUAGGCGCUGGGACUUUCCGUAGAAAAACUAUAAUUACUAACAUGAAACAUGAUUUUAGCAGGACCCAGAUUUCAGGUUUCUUGUAAUUUGAGCAGAGAAUAAUAUAACCUUUCCCUCCAUAGCAUGAGGGGCAAUUAGUUUUCUUUCUUUUCUUUCUUUCCUUCUUCCAGUUUUAAAUAAAGUGAGUUCCCUUUUCUCUU